AAGCCAAACUUGUUACCAAAGCCAAUAAGAAGAUUUGGACUUUCAUAUCUAAAAACAUUUGUUGUUCCCUGCACCUUUGUUUAUGUUCUUUAUGAAAACCUUGGAUUAUGUAAAAUCCAAAAAUAUCCAUUGUGUAAUAAAAAAAAUUUAAGCAAGUUUUCAAUAUAGUAAACAAUUACAGACCAAAUGUUAAUGCAAUUGAAUGAAAAUAAAGCUUUUAGUAACUCGUUUUCACUCAACCGUUGCAAGUAACAGGUUAAAAUGAAGAAGCAAAAAUGGAGAGAUGUUUAUUUUUCAGAAGUACUACAACGUUGUUAACGAAAUAACAGUAGCAAGCAGCAAGAGAAAAAAGGUUGAGGGAGAGAAUAUUAUGUGAAACAGAGUUUGCCAAAUGAAGUGCCGUUUCCAAGUGUCUUCUUAAGCUUUUAGCAGUGCUAAACAUAGAGAAAAGUAACACAAAAAAGAGAACAAUUUGAUUCAUUCGAAUAAUAAAUUUUUUAGGUUUUAGGGGCAAUAUAACUUAGAUAAUCAAACAUAGGAUGAAAGUUUUAAUGACUAGGAAAAAUGACUUCUUAACGUCUUAUUGUUUUUUCUACUGACAAUACAUAAACAUAAGUUAUCAUAGCAAUUAAUAUGGAUAUAUAUUGCCACCAUAUAUAUGUUUGCAUGCAGUAAUUUGAAAGAUUGGAUGGCUUAGUUUUUUUUUUUGAUAAAAAGAUUGGAUGGCUUAGUUCCGCAUAAAUAGACGGUACCGUACCAAUAUAACAUUCUAUGACGAUGUUAUAAUUUUCAUAUGUAGCCGACAACAAGACGAAAAAUUCGUUGCCAAAAGAAGAAACUAAAAACUUUGUAGAAAUUUGGAUGGUGAAUGGUGUGUACUAAAAAAAAAAAAAGAAUGGUGUGUACAGUGUACUAACUGCUGCGUGACGGAAUGUUUAUCUAACGUAAACUUUUGGUACGACAGAUGAAAACACCAUCCAAAAUAAAAAGAACGUUAGCCGAAUGUUCAUGAAAUCUCCGUAUUUGGGUCGGUUUCAUUCGAAUUUUCUUUGUAUUUUCAUUAGUCGAUUGUGAACAUCUUUAAAUUACAAUAAGAAAUCUAAUUUUCCUAAUUAAAGAUGAGUUUUAUACAAAAUCUCAGUAAUAAUUGCAAAUAUCAUUUUAUUUACUUCCUUUCCCUGAAAUCCUUAUAUUUACGAAUACGUAUUCGUUUCCUUUUUGGCUAAUUUUAUGUUAACUACAUUUACGUUUUCUUUUCUCUUCAAAUAUACGUGACAUUUUAUACAGACAUAUCUAAAAAAAGAUGUUAAAUAUUGUUCUUAUUAUCUUCACUCUUUAUUAGAGCUUCUUUCUAUGUCUCGGGUUUCUUUGGUGCUCAAAAACGCAGUUAGGAGAUGAAACCUUGUUAUGGACAAAGGUCGUCGUUGUACCACCGUUGAGUUCUCUCUAACCUUUCACUCCCAUAGAAUAUCAUUGGUUAUCACAAUCAGUGCACGAGAUGCUAAUGAUUGUUCUUCCCUACCUUCAUUCAUUGUUUGAAUUUAUCUCUUUGUCCGGUGUUUCUCCUGUGCUAAGAAACUCCAGUAGAGACCAAACCGUUUUAUGGACCAAGGUGGUUGUUGAACUACCAUUGAGUUCUUGUAUAACCGACGAUAAUCUAUGGUUCACUUUGAAAUCCUCAGGAAAGUUGAAUUUGAUUCGCCGUGUGGUUGACGCAAACCCUUUGAUCAAGAAGUUAAUUGUGACGGGAUGCACGGAGUUAGUUCCAGAAGGAAUCAUUGCAUGUGUUGAAACCUUGAUGAAGAACAAUCAUAAGUUGGAGACACUUCACAUCAAUGGCGUCCCUGGCUUCACUAAAGACCAUCUCUCAUCACUUUCGACGUACCUUCCUCAAGAGGGAGCAAUCGACCUCGAGGUGUGUCCCAAAUGCGACCAAGUCAGGAUGAUUCCUCCUUGCUCAAGAGAAUCUUGUAAACGUGAGGGAAGGAAUGAAAGGGAGUGCAGGGGAUGCUGGUAUUGUGUCCCUAGAUGCAUGGAGUGUGCAGUCUGUCUCGGACCAGACACUGAUCAGAUUGAAGAAGUAGCGUGUGGGGGAGACGUUGUGUGUCUUCCUUGUUGCCAAGCGCUUCCAAAGUGCAGGUUCUGCAACAAACCAUAUUGCACAUGCAGGUCACAGCAGCCUGAGGCAAGAUAACACCACGGCUGAUGCAACUAUGUUUGUAUGCCAAGCUUGUCACUACAGGACAAGAACAAGCGAAAAUAAAACCUCUCAACUAUCAAUUUUAAAACCCCUUGUCGUUUUAAACCAAAGCCAUGCUUGCGACCAAGCCUAGAAGAUUUAGACAUUCAUAUCUAAAAACAUUUGUUGUUCUCUGCAUCUUUUUUAUGUUCUUAAAUGAAAACCUUGAAUUAUGUAAAAACCAAAGAUACAUAUUGUGUAAUAAAUAAAAAGAAAAAAAAGUGUUCAACAUAGAAAACAAUUAUAAACAACAAUGACUAUAAAAUUGAUUGAAUAUAAUACUUUUAGUGAACUCUUCUUGAAGGAAAAAAACAACAAAACUGGGUAGAUGUUAAAACAAAUACACUGAAUAAUUUUUUCACUCAAGCGUUGCAAAUAACAAGUUAAAAUGAAGAAACAAAUAUGGAUAGAUGUUAUUUUUAUUCAGAAUUGCUACACCAUCAUUAAUGAAAUAAUCAGUAGCAGCAAGAUGAAUGUUAACUGAAAGAAGCGUGAUGGAGAGGGUACUGAGUGAAACAGCCAGAUGUUGUGGAGUUUGCUGAAUGUAGUGUUGUAUCCAAGUGUGAUUAUUUUUAUCACUGUUUUUUUUAUAGCUACUUCAUAAUAUUUAACUUAGAAGUUUACAUGAUCAAAUUCAAUGAUCAUAUAAUGUAACAAGUGAGUCAACACAAAAGCGGAAAAUUUGUUUCUUUCGAAUAAUAAAUAUUUAGGCUUUUAUGGGCAACAUUUUAUAUAUAUAACUUAGACGAUCAACUAGAUUGGACGGAACUUGAUAAAUGAAUAAGAAAAAUGAUUUCUUAACGUCUAUUGUCAUUCUACAGAAAAUACAUAAUUUAUCAUCAAUUAGUAUGUGGAUAUGUAACCUUGACACCAUAUAUAUGUUUGCAGUAAUUUGAAAGAUUGGAUGGUUCAGUUCCGAUCCACAUAAAUAGACGGUACCAUUAUAACAUUCUAUGAAGAUAUUAAAAAAAUUCUUAUAGAGUCGACAACAAGACAAAAAAUUCGAUGCCAGAAACAGAAACUAAAACACUUUGUAGGAAUUUGGAUGGGGAAUGGUGUUUACUAAAUGUUGCGUGACCGAAUGUUUAUCUAACGUAAUACUUUUGAUACGGCAGAUGAAAACACCAUCCAACGAUCGCAAAAUAAAGAACGGUAGCCGAAUCUCCAUGGAAUCUCCGUAUUUUCAUUAGUCGAUUGUGAACAUCUUUAAAUUACAAUAAGAAAUCUAACUUUCCUAAAGAAUAAUUCUAUACAACAUCUCAGUAAUAAUUGCAAAUUUCAUUUUAUUUACUUCCUUUCCCUGAAAUCCUUAUAUUUACGUUGGCGUAUUCGUUUCCUUUUUACCUAAUUAUAUGUUGACUUAUUAUUAGGUUCACUCCCUAGGGUGAUCUUAUAGAUUCACCAACCAAUAUGAUUGUUUUAUUUUAUAUUCGAUAUCUUUUAAAAAAGGAAACAAAAUAUUAUCAAAUUAUAUUAUGUUUUUAAAAUUAAAAGGUAAAAAAAAAAUAGAAAUAAUUACA